CUUAUAAAACCACCCUGCACGUCCACAUCCUCCUCUUAUUUCCUAACGUCAACUGUACCGACCGUACGCACCGCAGCCGCCGCCAUGCCUGUGGACUUCAGCGGGAAAUGGACACUGGAGAGCAGUGACAAAUUUGACGAUUACAUGAAAGCACUUGAUAUUGACUUCGCGACCAGGAAAAUCGCGGCGCGUCUGUCGCAGACCAAAGUGGUGGUCCAAGAGGGCGACGUGUUCGACUUCAAAACAACGAGCACCUUCAGGAACUACGACCUGGCCUUCACCGUGGGUGUGGAGUUUGAGGAGUACACCAAGGGACUAGACAACAGAACUGUCAAGAGUCUGGUGUCGUGGGAGGGGAACAAGCUUGUUUGCACCCAGAAGGGAGAGAAAGCAAAUCGUGGCUGGAAGCACUGGAUGGAAGGGGACAAACUGUACCUGGAAGUGACGUGUCAAGAUGCAGUUUGUCUGCAGGUGUUCAAGAGAAAAGAAUAAAAUGUUCAUUUUGUUAUCUUUUUAUCCCCUAACAAUUCCUAUAUUUGACAUCAACUUGAUGUCUGUUCUUAACCCUAAAAGAUGUGUUUGGUUUUGAAUAUUUUGCAUUAAAGACACAAUGUUAAAAAAAAAAAAAAAAAAA